AUGGGUGCUGUUACGGCUGAACAGACUACGGUGUCGCAGGAUGAGACUGCUACGGUUUCACCUCAAAUGAAGGAGCUGUGGACAUCUGCUAUGGGACAAGUUGAAAAGCGUAUUUUUGCUGAAUUCGAUGCUAAGUUAGCUAAAUCAGACAAGGCUUCAACAGUAGUUCCCAAAGCAGACGUCACAAAGGCAGAUUAUGUGAAUGGUGAUAAUGAACAAAUGGCUAGAGAUCGUAAGAAAGCUUUGGAUAGUGUCAAGAAUUGGGAAAUCAAAUUUGAUAGUGCAACUAUGUCUGCUUUUCCUUUUGAUACAUGGCGCAAUGAGUUAAUCAGUGCGGCCGGUGUACUCCCUUGGAGUGGUCAAGAUGCUAGAAGUUUAGUUCGUAGCUCCUUAACAGGGUCUGCGAUGGGAUAUUUCACAUGGUCUUGUCAAAUCAAGGAAAAGGAGGAUAAGGUAGAUAUAUCAAAGCAAACUCUUGACUACUUUAUCAAGCUGAUGGCGGACAAAUAUACCAAUGCAAAUGUGAUUGAUGUCCAAGUUCAGGAUUUUUUAUUUCUAAGACCUAAAUCUUCCAAAGCUGUGGAAACGUUGGAGUUACACCUCCGUAACCUAAUUCCAAGCUUGUUCAGUGAAGAUGUCGCACGAACUCUCAUGUUGAGUAAGUUAGGUCGUGAAGACCAAACAAUGGCUGAUCAAAUUCGAGCUUUAAACUUGAAUUAUACACAGACCAUGGCUAGAAUUCAGGAGACAUGGAGAAGUCGUGAGGUAGCGUCGAAAAGAAGUGCUAAUUCCGACAGUAACCCCAAGAGUCAUAAGAAAAUGAAACUUGGUGGUGCUAAGAAUGUAAAGAUUACUUGCUUUGGUUGUGGAGAGACGGGUCAUAAGAAAAAUGAGUGUCCUCGUCAAAAUCAAGACAAGGAAAAGGUCAAGACUGACACCACUAAACAAAAGCUUGCGAAAAACUCCCCAAGUCAGAUAUAUGCUGUUUUUUGA